AUGUUGCGUCCAGAAAGUCCUGAACUCCUCUCUCCUGCCAACUAUGAUGGCGAUGCGGCCUCACUACGAUCACCCUCCGAGCAAGACUCCGACUCUGAAGAUGAUGAGUUCCUUCGUCAUCCCCGCAGCACCUUAGAGCUCGCCAAACACGAUCGAGGCGUUCUAGAUGCUGAAGAUGAGUUGGAAAAGCUGUUGACUAGACGCGGACCCACUCAUGGGCUGCGCAGGAUGUUCAGUCCCAACGGGAGUAGCGUGCGAAUCGGAAAGAAAGAACGCCGACGAGCGCGAAAGGAGGCCCGACUAUCGCGUCGAGAGAGGGUCAGCGAGGAAGGAGAGUUGAUGUACGAGAUGGAAGAAGGGAUUGGCGACGAUGAAUCGUUGAUGAGCGGGUCCUCAAUAGACCUGGGGGAAGAUGACUACAUCUAUAACCCGCCUUUGAAACCAUCAUGGCGUAAAUAUUUGUUAAUUCUCGCUCUCGUUGUCGUCCUCUUCCUUAUCCUCAUUCUCGGCGCAUACAAAGCCUCCACUGGUUUCCGAGCUGCACACGCCCUCUCGAAACCACUAUUGUCCAAUGGUACGGCACUGUUUGCCCCCACGACUAUCCUCAUCUCCCUAGACGGCUUUCGAGCGGAUUUCCUUGACCGCGGUCUGACCCCAUCGCUCAAUUCGCUGGUUGCCGACGGGAUUUCACCACAAUACAUGAACCCCAGCUUCCCUAGUGUGACCUUCCCGAAUCACUUUACACUUGUUACCGGGCUGUAUCCCGAGAGCCACGGAAUUGUAGGCAAUACUUUCUGGGAUCCGGAAAUGAAGGAGGAAUUUUACUACACACACCCAUCUGUCAGCAUGCUGCCCAAAUGGUGGAAUGCCGAACCAAUAUGGGUAACUGCAGAGAAAAGGGGCGUCAAAAGCGGCAUCCACAUGUGGCCGGGGUCAGAGGCUCAUAUUGGAACUCCAGAGCCUACCUACGUGGACAAGUAUAAUGGGAGUGAGGCUUUGUCCCGCAAGGUCAACCGUGUCUUGGAAUUCUUGGAUCUCCCUGGCGCAGAGGACGAAUCCGAAUUGUCGCCAGCGCGACCCCAGUUCAUUGCAGCUUACGUGCCCGAUGUUGACCGAGAUGGUCACAACUAUGGACCCAACAGCACUGAAAUCGAAACCACCAUUUCUCGGGCGGAUGAGUUCGUAGGAGGUAUUGUUGCUGGUCUCGAAAGCCGCAAUCUCACGGACGUGGUCAACAUCAUGGUUGUUUCCGACCAUGGCAUGGCCACGACUUCCAACGAACGUCUCGUUCAGCUGGACGAUGUUAUUGAUCUCGAACUGGUAGAUCACCUGGAUGGCUGGCCUUCUCGCGGAAUUCGCCCCAAGCGACCGGAAGAUCUAGCGACCCUGCAAGCUCAGCUAGAGAAAGCAUUACCCGAUUAUACGCAUGCCUUUGAGGUUUAUACUCGGGAGACUAUGCCUGAGCGGUACCAUUUCAAAAACAACGAUCGCAUUGCCCCGCUGUGGGUUAUUCCAAAGACUGGAUGGGCGAUUGUGGAGCGCCCUGAGUUUGAUGCGGCUGAGGCUCUGAAGACAGGAGAAGUCUAUCACCCCAGGGGUAUUCAUGGAUAUGACCACGAACAUCCGCUGAUGCGCGCAAUCUUCAUCGCACGAGGCCCAGCAUUUCCCCACACCCCCAACAGCCGCCUCAAUGCAUUCCAAAAUAUCGAAGUUUACAAUAUUGUCUGUGAUUCCCUGGGCAUUGACCCGCUUCCGAAUAACGGGACACUUCGUCUUCCCCUUCAUCCAGUCGGGCUUCACUCGGACGAGAACACGCCUCCUGUAGAACGCCCAGCUGAUCCACCUGCGCCAGUCUCACCGACGGUUGUUUCAAUUGAGCCAACAAGUCCAGCAUCCGAUGCCCCGACUGAACCGUCAGCAUCAGAUUCCGACAGCCACGAUGAGAAAGGCUCGUGGUGGGGCUCCUUGUUGGACAAAAUAGUGGAGUGGAAGGAAUGGGCGGGAGAGUUGAUCACAGCUGAGAAAGAUAACCACCCGCAAGGUGCAUAG